AUGCUGGUGGCACUGCUUCUCCCCUUCCUGUGCCUCCUGAGCCCGGCUGCCGCUGGGAGGCUGCUGGUGAUCCCCAUGGAGGGCAGCCACUGGCUCAGCAUGAAAAAAGUGCUGAUGGAGCUGAGCAAGAGAGGGCACGAAAUCGUGGUCAUCGCACCAGACAACAAAAUCCUGAUCGAUUCCUCAGAUGUCUACGAACUGAAGACCUACCCUGUGCCAUUGAUGAAGGAGGACAUGGAAGAACAGUUACGCUCCUUCAGUGCAAGAGUUUUCAGCCAAGAGCCUUUCCUCGUGAGAUUCUGGAAGCGUUUGGAAGAUUACCGGAAGAGUGGGACCAUGUUUCAUGCUUCGUGCAAGUCCUUGCUGUACAACCAAGAGCUGAUGCAGUACAUCGGAGACAGUCACUUUGAUGCCCUACUCACGGAUCCUGUUACACCCUGUGGGCAGAUCAUUGCCCUGCACUUCUCCAUCCCCAGUGUUUUCUUCCUGAGGCUGGUUCCGUGUGCCUUGGAGGUUCGCGCGGCUCAGGGCCCGGACCCGCCGUCCUACGUCCCACGCAUGUUCUCGGAAAACACCGACCACAUGUCCUUCUCCAAGAGGGUGAAGAACUUCCUGAUUGCCCUUUCCGAGUCCUUCAUCUGCAAUAUUGCCUAUUCUCAAUUUGAGGAGCUGGCCUCAGAGUUCCUCCAAAAACCGAUGACAAUGACAGAGAUUUUAAGUCAUGGGUCCAUCUGGCUGAGGAGAAUAGACUUUGUCUUUGAGUAUCCCAUGCCUGUCAUGCCCAACAUGGUUUUCAUUGGAGGCAUCCACUGUGGAGAGAAGAAGAAGCUGCUGUCUCAGAAGGAGAAAAUGAUGGAGAGAGAUAGGUCAGGAUGA